AUGUCUCCUCACUUCUCUUUCGGAUCUGGCAACUAUACUGCAAAGCCACUACGUGCAGAUGCUGAUAAGCAGACGGCAGAACCCUGGUGGGCGGGAAUUGUGGCGUGGGUGGUGGUGAUUGUGGGGUUACCAACGUUCUUAAUCAUUUUCCACAAAUUGGUGGUGAAGCGGAUUCUCAAACGUCGUGAAGCUAGGCGCCAGCAGGACGUCGAAGCAAGCAGCGCAGCUACGAAGCUGGAGCCUGAACAUUUGCCACCCAAGGACUUUGAUACAGAUGUGGACGAUGAAAUUGCCCGGCCGCAGCCAGCGUUAAAGCCAUGCGGACACAGCCGAGACUUAAAUUAUGUUCAAACAUUGAAGAACAAAACAUUGCCUCCCAUUGUCAUCUACAUAGUGGUCAGUGGUCACCAUAAGAAGGGUAAUCUGUUUCUGCUUUGGCAAGUGAAGACUAAGUUCGUGAGGCGACCAAGCUAA